AUGUCCAUUGACGAUGUGACUGUCAUCAUCACCACCUCUCCUACGCCCUCGGCUCCGGGGACCGAUCUCGUGGCCGCCGUCGCGAGGUCAUUCCGCACGCACUGCCCCGACCUGCUGGCUUGCCCCGUCAUCCUUGUGCUGGACACGUACGACACCAUUGGCGCCUGGCCGAGGCUGAAGAAAGGGGUCGUGACAGCGGAUGGCGCGGCACAGUACAAUGUCUACAAACAGAAUGUGAAGCAGCUCGUGCUCAGCGAGUACCGCCGCGCUCGCGAAGAAGAGUCAUCAGACGGCGGUUCUGCCUCGGAGCCCCUGGUCGAGUUCGUCGGCGAGGCCGAAUAUGGCUUUGAAGGCAGGGGAAACCCCGUCGGGCUGCACAUCUCUCGGACUGCGGAUGGCCUCAUCACCUUCAUUGAGCCGUCACGGCGCCUCGGCUUCGGGCUGGCCGUGCGUUCGGCCCUGAGGAUUGCAGACACACCCUACGUAUGGGUACAGCAGCACGACUGGCCUUUGUCAGCCGACAUCCCGUUGCGGUCGAUCUUGCGCGCCAUGGACGAAGAUUCACCCGACAGGCCGGUCAAAUACGUAUGCCUCCCUUCAACCCGCAUGCGCUCGUACGCGACCUCGAAUCACGUUGUCAAGUUCCCCGCCUUGCGCACCUUGACCGCCGCUCUCAAGGGUGACUUUGCGGCCUCCGACGAUGGCGACUCGUUGCCGCUAACACCCCUCUUCUUCUGGCAUGACAAGCCGCACGUCGCUUCGAGAGCGCACUAUCUGGAGCGCGUGUUUGCGACACGUCUGGCCAUCCAGCGAGGCGGCUUCAUCGAGGACCUCAUCGGUCAACGGGCGAGGGACCAGAUGAAGCAGGGCAGCUGGGCACGCUCGUUUCUCUUCGGUUAUGACAGCGGCGUCAUGACGGACGUCAUCGCCAGCAAGAACUUCCAAAAUUUCUUUGACACAACGGAUACCUCCCCCAUCGUCGGCGCCAUCAAUUCGACGUUCAGUGGUGGUGCCGUCUUCGGUGCCCUCUUUGGAGGUGUCAUCAUGGACAGAUAUGGACGGCGCAGGACAAUCGGCGUCGGCGCUUUGAUUUGCACCGUCGGCGCUCUGUUGCAAGCAGCGGCCUGGCAUCUCGCCAUGAUGCUCGUUGGGCGUAUUACCGCUGGCUUCGCCAUUGGUCUCUUGUCUAUGAGCGUGCCCGUAUAUCAGUCCGAGUGCGCGAAUCCUAAGAUUCGCGGGCUUAUUGUCGGCUUGGCACAGCAGAUGAUUGGCGUUGGCUUCAUCGUCUCGACCUGGGUCGGGUACGGCAGCCAGCAAAUGCCUGAUUCAUCGCAGUUCCAGUGGCGGUUCCCGUUGGCAUUCCAAGCGCUCCCGUCCGCGCUGUUGUGUAUUGGCAUGCUCUGGCUUCCCGAGAGUCCCCGCCACCUCAUUGCUACCGACCGUCUUGAGGAGGGCAUGCGCAUCCUCCGAACGCUACACUUUGAUGGCACCAACGAAGAUUGGAUUCAGGCCGAGUUCCAGGAGAUUAAGAUGACCAUUGAUGCCGAGAAAGCCGCCACGGCGCCAGGCUGGCUCAUCAUGUUCCGCGUUCCCCAAUGGCGAAAGAGGCUGGCUCUCGGCACGUUUGUCCAGGUAUUCACCCAAUUCACGGGCAUCAACGUCAUCGGGUACUACCAAACCGUCAUGUACGAGUCGCUGGGCUUUACCGGCAACACGAAGCUUCUCGUCGCCGGAGUCUACAACUGCUGCGGCCCCAUUGCUAACUUGAUCUUCAUCGUCUUCAUCGCGGACCGAUUCGGCCGCAGGAAGUCGCUCAUUUGCGGAGUUGUCGCCAUUACGCUAGCGUUGAUUUGCGAAAGCGCCAUCAACAGCCAGAACACGAAUGGCGACAAACACAGUCUAAGUAUCGUCGGGGUUGCGUUUUUGUUCUGUGUUACGAUCUUCUUUUCUCUCUCGUUUGGACCAGUGAGCUGGAUAUAUAUGGCCGAGAUCAUGCCAUACCAGAUCCGCGCAAAGGGUUGCGCCUUUGCCACCGGCAUCGGCAACUGGCUUGUGUCUACAUUCUGGGCGCAAGUUAGCCCUAUUGCUUUGAAAGAGCUGGGAUGGAAGUUUUACUUCCUCUUUGUGGCCUGGAACCUCGUCAUUACUCUUCCCGCACUCGUGUUUUACUUUAGGGAAACAAAGGGAUUGUCGCUGGAAGAGAUUGAUCUCAUGUUCGGCGGUAGUGUCGAUGAUCCGAUAGAAUCAGACCUCAAGAAGCCCGCUGCGGCCGUGGAGACAAGCGCUGUACACGACGAGCGCUCAGUAGAGAUGAGGUAG